UAAGCAAUAUGAAGUACCUCAUCGCUAUCACUUUUGCCGCCUUGUUUGCCGUGGCCCUGGCCGCUCCUGCCCCCGACGCUGAAGCCACAAUCCUGCGCCUGGAGUCGGAUGUUCAGCCCGAGGGCUACAAAUUUGCACUGCAGACCAGCGAUGGCAAGACCCACGAAGAGCAGGGUGAGUUGAAGAAUGCUGGCUCAGAGAACGAGGCCAUCGUCGUCCGUGGAUCUUUCUCUUUCGUCGCCGAUGACGGACAGACCUACACUGUCAACUAUAUCGCCGAUGAGAAUGGAUUCCAGCCAGAGGGCGCGCAUUUGCCAAAUGUGCCAAUUGGUAACUAAA